AUGGAAUAUGACGACAAGCACUUAAAGUUGAACCCAACCUGCUCCAACUGCCUCAUUCUCUCUGCAGAGUUCGAAUCAUCUAGUAAAAUUUCAACCUCUUUCAUCGCACAUAAUGCUCCACUUCCCUUUGCGCCACCUGGACUUUAUCGGCAUCACUUUCGGUUUUCCCGCCACCUGCGCGAUAGGCGACAGCUGCGGUGGGGCGAUGUUGCCUCUCGGAAAAUCCAUCUCCGUUCCACAACGCCCCUGAGAAAUCCGACCUCAAGUCGGACGGCGAAACAGAAGCCGUUGGCGAGGGCUGACCGGCAGCGGCGCUCCCACUCCCAGGGGGACGUGGCAGUGGGUGCACUCCACCGCCACCUUCACGCCGAGAUUCGGGGGAUAAUAGCCCGGGAAGAGGGGACGCGGGCCCCACAGUGGGGCUCUGUAGAGGAGAACUGUCAACGCUGGACAAGACCUUCUCGAAGGGCGUGUGCUGGAAGAAGGAGCAGUUUUGGGCCGAGUAAGGGAUCUCAGGGGCGGACCAGACGUGGAAGACGCUGGGUGGGGUCAUGUAAUGAGAUGCCAACAUGUCACAGCCUGGCGGGCUUAGGGCCGGGCUUGAAUAAGGACUGGUGGGGGCACUGA